GAUGUUCUCUUUCAUCUGGAUUCUGCAGUCGCUCACUAGUUUUCUCCUCUUCUAGCUCCUUCCGCCGCUCCCCUUCUCUGAGAAGGCAGCUGUUAGAACCCAGCUCAGGAGCCGCUGCGUGGUAGCACUUCAUGCUUGCUGAAUUAAUUCUUUGUCUUCUUCUCGGUGAAUUUUUGGAUGAAGCCAUUAAAUUAAUUGCUUGCCAUCAUGAGCAGAAGUAAGCGUGACAGCAAUUUUUAUAGUGUAGAGAUUGGAGAUUCUACAUUCACAGUCCUGAAACGAUAUCAGAAUUUAAAACCGAUAGGCUCCGGAGCUCAAGGAAUAGUAUGUGCAGCUUAUGAUGCCAUUCUUGAAAGAAAUGUUGCAAUCAAGAAGCUAAGCCGGCCAUUUCAGAAUCAAACCCACGCUAAGCGGGCUUACAGAGAGCUGGUUCUUAUGAAAUGUGUUAAUCACAAAAACAUAAUUGGCCUUUUGAAUGUUUUCACACCACAGAAAUCCCUAGAAGAAUUUCAGGAUGUCUACAUCGUCAUGGAACUCAUGGAUGCAAACCUGUGCCAGGUGAUCCAGAUGGAGCUGGAUCACGAAAGAAUGUCCUACCUUCUCUACCAGAUGCUGUGUGGCAUCAAGCACCUCCACUCUGCUGGGAUUAUUCACCGGGACUUAAAGCCCAGUAACAUAGUAGUAAAAUCAGACUGCACUUUGAAGAUUCUUGACUUUGGACUGGCCAGGACUGCAGGAACUAGUUUUAUGAUGACACCUUACGUAGUGACUCGCUACUACAGAGCACCUGAAGUCAUCCUAGGGAUGGGCUACAAAGAAAACGUUGACAUUUGGUCAGUUGGGUGCAUCAUGGGAGAAAUGAUCAAAGGUGGUGUUUUGUUCCCAGGUACAGAUCAUAUUGAUCAGUGGAAUAAAGUUAUUGAACAGCUUGGAACACCCUGUCCUGAAUUCAUGAAGAAACUACAGCCAACAGUAAGGACUUACGUUGAAAACAGACCUAAAUAUGCUGGAUAUAGCUUUGAGAAGCUCUUCCCCGAUGUACUUUUCCCUGCCGACUCGGAACACAACAAACUUAAAGCCAGUCAGGCGAGGGAUUUGUUAUCCAAAAUGCUGGUGAUUGACGCAUCUAAAAGGAUCUCUGUGGACGAAGCUCUGCAGCACCCGUACAUCAAUGUCUGGUAUGACCCUUCCGAGGCAGAGGCUCCUCCGCCGAAGAUCCCCGACAAGCAGCUGGACGAGCGGGAGCACACCGUGGAAGAGUGGAAAGAAUUGAUAUACAAGGAAGUUAUGGACUUGGAGGAGAGAACCAAGAAUGGAGUCAUACGGGGGCAGCCCUCUCCUUUAGGUGCAGCAGUGACCCGCGGCCCUCGGCACCCGUCGUCCUCGCCGUCCGUCAACGAGGUGUCUUCAGUGUCCACAGAGCCGACUCUGGCCUCAGAUACCGACAGCAGCCUGGAAGCAUCAGCUGGACCUCUGGGCUGCUGCAGAUGACUACUUGGGCCUGGGGGUGGGGCGGGAGGGAGGGGUCGUUUAGUCAUUGCUAGAGCUACUUUGAAAAUUAAGUCAGUGGUCUUAUUUUGAGUGAUUUUUAAAAAAUGUAGACUUCAUUUUGUAGUAAAGUAGUUUAUUUUUUUUAAUUUCAAGUGAUGUAAUUUAAAACUUAAGUUGUUUUAAAACAGCAACAAAACUGUAUUGUAUUUUUGCUGUAAUUAACUGUAUAAUGUAAACCUAAUUAUUUUAUCAUGGUUUAAAAUUUUUGCAUAUUUGCUUUAUCUUAUGCUGCUGAUUUUUUUUACUGAAUUUGUAAGAUUUUGUUUAUCAAAGCAACUAUUAUGUGGUGA